AUUGUCAAAAAAACUUUGUCGUGAGAGCACGUUUUAAUAACCAGUGUAGUCUUACACUUUUGUACUUUACAUUUAAUUAUUCGCACUAUUGGGGUUCAAAAUAUUUUUAUUUAUUUUAUUAUAAACAUUUAUUAUUAAUUCAAAAAUGGCUACAUUUCAAAUACACGAAGAUAUCGAAAAUCGUCCAUUCGGGAAGAAAAAUUUUAAAGUGGCAGAAAACCCUGGGAAAUACGAAGAAAAUAGGAAAAUUUUGCAGCCUGUUAAUUUUUUAAAGCAAGAUAAUAAAAGAAUUAGGUUGGAUUGCAAAGAAAAUAUAAAAGAAAGUCACCCUAAAGUAACGCAUGUUAAGGCAGAAAUUAAUCAAGGAAAGCCAAAAGUAAUCAAAAAGAAAAUUGUAGAGGAAGUGGUUUUAGAUGAAGAACUCUUUGCUGUAAAUAAUGAAGAAACCCCUGUAGCCGAUACAGAAAUAGAUACUUUUCCGGUAACUCUAUUAAAAGAAAUUGAAUAUAGAAACGAUAUUUGGGAGUAUUUAACAACAAUGGAAGUAACUUGUCAAAGAACCAAGUCCAGUUAUAUGGCAAAGCAGCAAUCUCUUAAUUGGAAUACAAGAUCAGUUUUGGUUGAUUGGUUGGCAAGCGUGGCAGAUGAAUAUGACCUGAACGACCAAACUUUUCAUUUGGGAAUAAACUAUAUCGAUAGGUUUUUGGGACGAAUUAGUGUGGUAAAAGAAAAGUUUCAACUGGUAGGUGCUGCAGCUAUGAUGCUGGCCGGCAAAGUCGAGGAAAUCUAUCCUAUUGAAACAUCCGAAUGGUCGUUCCUUACUGGAGACUCAUUCACCAAGAGGCAGAUUUUAAAAAUGGAACAAAUGAUCUUAAAGGUUUUGCUGUUCAAUAUGCAACCUCCCACAAUUUGCUCCUUCAUAGAGCACCUUUGCACUCAGUUCAACUUUGACGCCAAGACCAAGCAUCUAGCGAUGUUUUUGGGAGACAUCAUGCUCCUGGAAGGCGAGGAGUAUCUGGACCAUCUACCAUCCAAAUUGGCUGCAGCGUCCAUAGCUUUGGCUAGAUACACUCUCUGCAAAAGUCCAAUCCUGCCGAAGAAGAUGCAGGACGUUUCUGGUUACAGCUUGAAAACUCUGAGUCCAGUGGUGCAAAAGCAGAACAAAUCUUUCAGGGAGACGCCUCUCAAACAGCAACAGGCCAUCCAAUCGAGAUACAAAAGCGAAAGAUAUGACGGAGUUGCGAAUUUAAAGCCCAAAGUUUUGAAUUUGAGCGAGUUUGAUGAUGAAGAGUAAAUUUAGGUCAUGGAUUGUUUCUUUACCAAUAAAAAAUCGUACUAAAAUUCCCCUUUUUUAACUUUCAUUAUUUUAAUGCCAAAAUAAUGUAAAUAUAGUCUUUUAACUAGAAUAAUCAAAUAUACAAAUUUUAAUAUACUUAAACUUAUGUACUUAUACUUUUUUCGAAGUAUUUAUUUUAUCUAUUUUUUAUUAUUUAUUGUGUAGGUAUGUCUUAUUUUGAAUUAUUGCAAAUAUAUAUUUAAUAUUUGUUGACAAC